GGGGCUUCCGGCGUUCCGGCUAUGUAGUCCAGCAUUACAAGAUUCUCUCGCAGUCGUCGUUGGAUCGUCGAGAUCUAAUUCAUUUUCUACGCUCUAAUUCCUAAAUUCUCAAACCAACUACAAUGGCAGACAAUGAUGAUCUUUUGGACUACGAGGAUGAGGAACAGACUGAGCAGGUCGUCGAGGGAAAUGGAGAAGUUGUUCCAGCAAAGAAGGAAGUCAAGGGUACUUAUGUAUCUAUUCACAGCAGUGGCUUCAGAGAUUUCUUGCUUAAGCCAGAGAUCCUUCGAGCCAUUGUAGACUGUGGUUUUGAACAUCCUUCCGAAGUUCAACAUGAAUGCAUUCCCCAAGCUGUUCUUGGUAUGGAUAUCCUUUGCCAAGCUAAAUCUGGUAUGGGAAAGACAGCUGUAUUCGUCUUAGCGACUUUGCAGCAACUGGAAUUGGCAGAGAACCAGGUUUAUGUUCUUGUCAUGUGUCAUACCAGAGAAUUGGCUUUUCAAAUCAGCAAGGAAUAUGAACGGUUCAGCAAAUACAUGCCUCAAGUCAAGGUAUCAGUAUUCUUUGGUGGACUGCCAAUCCAAAAAGACGAAGAGGUAUUGAAAAGUACAUGUCCACAUAUAGUUGUGGGUACACCUGGUCGUAUUUUGGCUCUGAUAAAGAACAAGAAACUCAACCUGAAGCAUUUGAAACACUUCAUUCUUGAUGAAUGUGACAAAAUGCUGGAGCAAUUAGAUAUGCGGAAAGAUGUGCAGGAAAUUUUCCGCAGUACCCCCCAUGGUAAACAAGUUAUGAUGUUCUCUGCAACAUUGUCGAAGGACAUUCGCCCAGUCUGCAAGAAAUUUAUGCAAGAUCCUAUGGAAGUUUAUGUAGAUGACGAAGCCAAACUCACUCUGCAUGGUUUACAACAACAUUAUGUCAAGCUUAAGGAAAAUGAAAAAAACAAAAAACUUUUUGAACUUUUGGAUGUUCUUGAGUUUAAUCAAGUUGUUAUUUUCGUGAAAUCAGUACAAAGAUGCAUGGCUUUGGCACAACUCCUGACUGAACAAAAUUUUCCGGCGAUUGGUAUCCACAGGGGCAUGACACAAGAAGAGCGAUUGACAAGGUAUCAGUCAUUCAAGGAUUUUCAACAGCGCAUUUUGGUAGCUACUAAUCUCUUUGGUCGUGGUAUGGAUAUUGAACGAGUAAAUAUCGUCUUUAAUUACGAUAUGCCGGAGAAUUCGGACACUUAUCUCCAUAGAGUAGCUCGUGCUGGACGUUUUGGUACAAAGGGAUUGGCUAUAACUUUUGUUAGCGACGAAGGUGAUGCUAAAAUUUUGAACGACGUACAAGAGAGAUUCGAUGUCAACAUUACGGAACUUCCUGAAGAAAUUGACUUAGCUUCAUACAUUGAAGGACGAUAACUAGUUUAUAGAAGAAUAAGUUUUGAUUCUAUUCUCCAUAUUGGACCUGCAUCAAACUAAACCACAACAAAACUUAGUAGUUCUCUGUGAAUUCCAUUAUUUAUUACAAUUUUUGUAACUAAUACAAAUAGUAGUUUUCUUUACAACAAUUAAUAAUUGACAAAUGUUUUUUGUAAUUUGUCUUUUUUUCUUGCAAUAUCUUAUAAUUUCUCAAUUUUUUUUUGAGAUUCAUUUUUAUAUUCUUUAAGAGUUGUAAAUACAAAGAUUUAAAUUGGAUAACUAGACUAGAAAAACUUAUUUCAAACAGGGAAAUAGAAAAUUAAUUAAAUAUUUGAUUGACACUUUUAUUUGAAAUGCUACUAACAUUUUUUAUAAAAUAGUAUGUUUUAUCACAAUAACUUGUUGCUGUCGUCACCAUUCUUAAGAUUUAAUUUUAUAAGCUAAAAUAAAAUUAAUCA